AUGGACUUCGUCAACAACCUCACCGGCGGCGGCAACAACGCCCAGAACCAGCAGGCCACUGGCUCCAACGAGCAGCAGUCCUCGGGCGGCGGACUCAUGGACAAGCUCAACUCGGCUGCCGGCGGCGGCAAGGAGAGCGAGAAGAACGAGGACUUCGUCGACAAGGGCGUCGACUUUGUCCAGGAGAAGUUCCUCGGCCAGGGUGCUCAGGACAACGAGAAUGCCAUUGAGCAGGCCAAGGACGAGCAUAUCUCCGACUUCAUCCGCGGCAAGUACAAGGAGACCACGGGCAGCGAUGUCCCCAUUGCCGAUAAAUAA